AUGCCUUCAUAUCCCGGAUCCUGCUUCUGUCGCAAUAUUGAGUACCAGCUCACGCUGGCCUCCCCCGACGACGCCCGCACAUCUCUCUGCCACUGUCGGAACUGCAAGAAAGCAUUCGGGGCAAACUACGGCCUAACAGCGAAAGUAUCCAAAGAUGCCGUGAGCAUCACAAAGGGCACGCCCAAGGAGCAUGUCACGAACGACGAGGGUGCCGUGCACCGCGCGUUCUGUGACACCUGCGGGAGCUUUAUUUGGGAGUAUGGGGACGCCGUCAAAGACAAGUUCCGGUAUAUCUGUGUCGGCUCGUUGGAUGACCCCGAGGCGUUGCCGCCCAAAGGAGAGUUCUUUUGUCGGUCGAGGGCCAGCUGGAUGCCUGAGAUUCCGGGUGAGUGGACAGUCGAUGGUUUGCAGAGCCGGCUCUAA